UGUGGGACACAGUCUCAGCAUGGGCUGCCACAACGGUUCGGAGCUCCAAGACCUGGGCUGUUCCAGCCAGCUGCUCUUGCAGCCCCUCUGGGACACCAUAAGGACCAGGGAGGCGUUCACGCGCUCACCCUUCUUCCCAGUCACCUUUUCUAUCAUCACUUACGUGGGCUUCUGCCUACCGUUCGUGGUGCUGGACGUCCUGUAUCCCUGGGUGCCCAUCUUGCGACGCUACAAGAUCCACCCGGACUUCUCGCCUUCCGUAAAGCAGCUUCUGCCUUGCCUGGGGCUGACACUCUACCAGCACCUGGUGUUCGUGUUCCCGAUGACGCUGCUGCACUGGGCGCGCAACCCUGCGCUCCUGCCCCGGGAGGCCCCCGAGCUCUCCCAGCUCCUAAGUCAUGUCCUGAUCUGCCUGCUGCUCUUCGACACUGAGAUCUUCGCGUGGCACCUGUUGCACCAUAAGGUGCCCUGGCUGUACCGCACCUUCCACAAGGUGCAUCACCAGAACUCGUCCUCCUUCGCGCUGGCGACCCAAUACAUGAGCGUCUGGGAGCUGCUUUCUCUGACCCUCUUCGACGUGCUGAACGUCGCGAUGCUUCAGUGUCACCCACUCACCAUCUUCACCUUUCACGUGAUUAACAUCUGGCUGUCGGUGGAGGACCACUCGGGCUACGACUUCCCGUGGUCCACUCACAGACUUGUGCCCUUUGGCUGGUACGGGGGCGUGGCUCACCACGACAUGCAUCACUCUCAGUUUAACUGCAACUUUGCUCCAUACUUCACACACUGGGACAAAAUGCUAGGGACUCUGCGGUCCGCGCCCCUGCCAGAGCGCCUGUGCACCUGCGGUGAGCGCUGCAUGGACUCCAGAGAGCGAUGCACUGUACACUCUGUACACUCGAGCCAGAAGAAGAAACAGACUUGAGUUACUUUAUUAGAAGUUAGUAACUUUUAAAGUGAUGCACACUGCUAUAAAAAUCAAAUGUGUUUCUGCAGCCCGCCCGACAAAGUAAUUUAUAUAGUGUUUCUAUGCGAAUUUAAUUUUGGUCUUGGUGUUAAAUUUCAACUCAUCCCAGGGUCAUUGACUCCAGGACACAAGGUAGACAUUCAGUGUGGUGUAUUUGAAUCAUUAUGAUCUCUAGAAUGAUUUGUUUCUAGAACCAAGACUUUCCUAUGUAUGAAAUUGCACUGGAACUGGGCUAACCUCACAUGUUGCUGGAAGCCCUGACUUCUGACUCUUUAAAUAAUCAGAUUUGUUCCUGCUGGGCAGUGACCAAGGUUAUAGUAUAUUUUUUCUACUUUUGAAUGAAAUGAUAUAUUUAUACUGAAAGAUGUUUUAUUUGUAUUUUAAAAAUAAAAAGAACAUGAACUA